AUGCUAGAAGGAGUCUACACAUUUGGACAACCACGUAUAGGGGAGGAGAAUUUUGGAGAGUUUAUGAAGGAAGUGGUGAGAAAGCAUGAAAUAGAGUUUGAGAGGUUUGUUUAUAACAAUGAUAUUGUGCCAAGAAUACCCUUUGAUGACAAGGUUCUCUUCUCAUUCAAGCACUAUGGAUCUUGCAAUUACUUCAACAGUCUCUACAAAGGAAAGUUAAAUUAA